UUUAUUUUAGUUUUAUAAAAAAAUUUGAAAAUAAGCAACGGUCGAAUUCGUGGAAAAGUCAAAGUCCUGCGGCAAAAGUGAAUAAAAAAGAGCGCGAGCAGACGAACCACAAAAUGUAACAAUGGCAAUCUCUGAUAGCACUCGUCAGUCUCUCCUUCCCAGCUUCCUCUAUUCCACUCCUUCCUCAACCGAGCGACUCUUUGGUUUGGACACGUCUUUGACGAAGGCCGUUGAUGAUCAUCAUGUGCUGCCUCGAUCAUUGUCCGUUUCAUCAUCAUCAUCGAACGUGAUUGGUGAUGCAGGGGUCAGUGCGAGUAGGAUUGUGAUACCCUCGCCCAAGGAAGGGAUCGAGAUGUACUCGCCGGCUUUUUACGCCGCGUGUACGGUCGGUGGUUUAUUGUGCUGCGGCCUUACUCACACCGCCGUCACGCCUCUCGAUGUUAUCAAGUGCAAUAUACAGAUUGACCCACUAAAAUACAAGAGCACCUCAUCUGGAUUUGCACUUUUGCUAAAGGAGCAAGGUGCUAAAGGUUUAUUCAAGGGUUGGGCACCUACCCUGCUUGGUUACAGUGCUCAGGGUGCUUGUAAAUAUGGUUUCUAUGAAUUCUUCAAGAAGUACUAUUCCGACAUUGCUGGGCCUGAAUAUGCCACAAAGUAUAAGACCCUGAUUUAUCUUGCUGGUUCAGCAUCUGCUGAAGUGAUUGCUGAUGUUGCUCUCUGCCCCAUGGAGGCAGUCAAAGUUCGUGUGCAAACUCAGCCUGGAUUUGCACGAGGUUUAUCAGACGGGCUUCCAAAAUUUGUGAAGGCUGAAGGUUUUGGCGGGUUGUACAAAGGAAUCGGUCCUCUCUGGGGACGACAAAUUCCAUAUACAAUGAUGAAAUUUGCAACUUAUGAAAAUACUGUUGAGUUAAUCUACAAGUAUUCCAUCCCCACCCCGAAAGACCAGUGCAGUAAACCAUUGCAACUUGGGGUGAGCUUUGCUGGUGGGUACAUAGCUGGUGUUUUCUGUGCUGUUGUGUCACAUCCCGCUGACAACCUGGUGUCUUUUCUCAACAAUGCCAAGGGAUCAACUGUUGGUGACGCGGUGAAGAAGCUAGGAUUAUGGGGUCUUUUGACCCGUGGCCUCCCCCUUCGUAUUGUCAUGAUUGGAACCCUUACUGGAGCACAAUGGGUAAUCUAUGAUGGAUUUAAAGUGUUUGUUGGGCUGCCAACUACCGGUGGUGGUUCUCCUACUCCAGCUGCUGCAAAGGCAUGAAAAAUUGUUGUUUUGCAUUGCAAACAGGAUGCAAUUAUUUUUAGUUCAAUUUAGGAAUUAAACAACAGGAUUCCCCAUAUUGAGAAAGCAAUAAUAACAGGUUGAUGUCCACAGAAUUAGCAUUAGUCACUAGUGGUCUCUGUAUUGUUUUCUUUUGAACAAAUUGAAUUUCUGAAUACUGUAUUCUUCUCAACGAUUAUAUUAUAUUGUUUCUUGAAUUCUUAAUCAUUUCUAGUCUUUCUUUUUUCGUCAAUUUAUGUUUUCACAGCUGUUUAUCUCCCCUGACCUGAGAUGAAAUCGACACACGAUCUCAUUGAACCGAUGAUCAAAAAACAAAGAGAGAACAAGCCUAAUCCCGAAACCGCCAUGGAUGGUUAGUGGAUGACCCUGGUUCACCAUGUGAGGAUGAUGAUGAUGAUGAUAAUGAUAGGCUUAAACCCUAGCCAACGGUAAACUGAAAUUGAAAGGGUUUAACAAAUAAGAGGAGAUCCAGAGGUCUAAGUUCUAACCAGUGGAUCUUAUGGCCAUGAACUCUGCCUCAGUCACGUGAACAGGCCUCACCCUAGACCUGCUUAAGGGCCGAGCCGGGUUACAUUUGGAAACAUAAUAUUCC